AUGACUGGUCAUCUUGAUGUCCGAGGGCUCAAAGGCCACACGAGUAGGAAGAACAUCCUGCUCAUCAUUGCCGCGACCUUGGCCAGCUUCAACUAUGGCUAUUCAAACAAUGUCAUCGCCGGAUCUUUGGCACAGGUUUCGUUUCUCGCAAAGUUCCUGACCGGGUCUAAUGCUACCUCGCUCAUUGACGCAAUCGUCUCGGGGUUCUUUGGAGCUGCGCUCAUCGGUGGUUUUCUGCAAGCGCCCAUCUCCAAUCGUUGGGGCCGGAAACGCGCAACCGCAGUUGCGGCCUGCUUUCUCAUUUUGGGAAAUGCCCUUCAAGCCGGUGCGGUGCACAUCGCCAUGUUCUUGGUCGGCAGGUACACUGCUGGGUUUGGAGCUGGAAUGGUCAUCAGCAAUACCCCAGUGUAUAUCAGUGAGAUAUCCCCUGCACACAGCCGUGGUUUGCUCGUUGGCCUCCAGGGCAAUUUUAUCGUCUUCGGGUAUAUCCUUUCCUCCACCGCCGCUCUGGGCUUCCACUUUGUCGAAACAGACUACCAAUGGAGGCUUAACUUUGUUAUUGCCACGGCCGUUGCUCUUGCACUACUGGCAUCUUUGAUCACCCUACCGGAGUCUCCCCGGUGGCUCGUGGAGCACGGCCGGCCUGAAGAGGCUGGCGCAAUCCUCGACAGUAUACACAAGACGGCAGACGACCCUGAUGGCACCGUUGCUCAUGCCGAGUUGCACCAGAUCAUCGCACAGGUUCAGGUUGACCAGACCUUGCCCAGCAGCUGGUUGCACAUUCUCCGGAGCCCAUCUCUCAGGAAACGCCUCAUCUGCACUCUUCUGGUCUGGACCAUGGCGCAAUCGACAGGUAUCACUGUGCUGGCCAACCUGACACCACAGCUUUUUGGCGCUCUGGGCUACGGCACCGUCCUUCAGCUCGCCCUCAGCCUGGUGUGGACUGUUUGCCUGUUUAUCGGCUGCUUUUUCAACAUUUUCCUUGUCGAUCGCAUUGGCAGAGUGAAAUUGAUCGUCGCUGGCGGAUGGGGCAUGGCAAUUCUGCUCGCCUGUGAAGCCGCGUUACAGGCGCACUACCUUGAUGGCAGUAAUCUAGCCGGUACAAAGGCUGCAGUAGCAAUCUACUUUAUCAUGGCAUGGUGGUUUACUUCCACACUGGAGUGCACUGGCUAUGUCUAUGGCUGUGAAAUCUGGCCAACACACCUCCGAAGUAAAGGAUCUGCCAUCUCCUACUUCGGCUUCUACAUCUUUUCCAUCUGGUCCACGGCACCAGCUGCCCAGGCAUUUGCGUCGAUUGGAUGGAAAUACUACAUGGUUUUCAUUGCCGUGACAGUCGCUCUGGUUGUCCCGUGCAUGUUCUACCUGCCGGAGACUUCUGGAAUCUCGCUGGAGGAUCUUGGUGGUUUGUUCGGUGAUACUGUGGCCCUGGACUUUGAACACGCGAUGGAAGAAGAACUGAAACAUGGCAAUGGUAUAACCCAUGCAGAGACGGCGACACCAGAAGAGAUUGCGGUUCAGGCAAAAGGAUCCCCAGCAGACAUGUAG